CCUUUGAAGAGACGCUUCACUGUAGCUUCCGAAAACGACGUCGCUUUGGUAAAAAAAAAAACAGAGAAAAAAAAAAGAAGAGACUUUCACAUUAAACGUUUGUGUUUUGUCUUAAUCUGAUUCUCGCUCACCAACCUAUUAGUCCAAAGGAGAGGUGAUUGUGGAAGCACAUGCUCUUCUUCUUCAUCAUCUGUCCCUACCGAACCCCGAAAGUUUAGAGUUCGCUGUACUCUCUCAUAAGAACUAAAAGAUGUCUUCAGAGGAGAAUAACCUUAUAGAAAUCUUGGAGGAAGGUCACAAAGUAGACAUAGCCAAGUACUUUGACUACGUCAGCACCCCACAAGCCGGCGCCAUAGCAACAUUCUCAGGCACCACAAGAGACACAUUCGAGGGGAGAACAGUUAUGGAGCUGAGGUACGAAGCAUACGUACCAAUGGCAACAAGAUACCUCAGCUCCAUCUGCGCAUCCGCUAGAUCAAACUGGGACAUCCACAAGAUCGCUGUCGCCCACCGUCUGGGGCCAGUUCUUGUUGGGGAAACCAGCGUGUUCGUGGCGGUCUCGUCUGUUCACCGUGGGGACGGUUUAGGCUUGAUUGAUGAGCUGAAGGCUUCGGUUCCGAUAUGGAAGAAAGAGGUGUAUGCUAAUGGAGAGGUUUGGAAGGAGAAUGCUGAGUUUCUGGAGAAGAGGUUGGAGCUUGCAGAGACAAGAGGCAGUUUAGUGAAGAAACAUGUGGCUGGAGAACAUAAGAGAAGUUGCUGUGGAAGUAAAGUUAGAGUACAAGAAGAUGAAGAUCAUACAGACAUAGCAGGAGAUAACAAAGAGUGAUGUUUGUUUUGCUUUCUCUAGUGUUUUUAAAACCGGACCGACCGGUGGUUAGACCAGGUUCGACCAUGAACCAAUCACAUAGUUGGGUUGGAUCUAAUAAUUGGUUCGGUUCCGCUUCCGGUCCGUUUUUGAAAACAUUGGUUUUCUCUCAAUAAACAAAAUGUCUUAAAGCACAUAGUUGAAUCUAAAGACUUUAAUUCAAAGUUAGUUGCAAAGCU